AUGGACCAGCUCUCCAUUUCUGAUGCUCAGCGAGAUCGCAUGCUGGCCUGCAUGCGCACCAUCUACGGCCUGAUCUUGGCCUUGUUCGAUGAGGCGUACAGCGUGGCCAAGAUUGAAGGUGUUUCCUUCGCAUCAACGAAGGCCGCGAGCGCUGGGGCAGGCUCCGCGCCCGCCAAGAAGAGGAAAGUUCCACCCCCGCCGCUGGCACCCGCAGACAAGGCCUUCACGUCUGCCGAACUUGCACGGUUCGACGGCAAGGGCCCGGGCAAGCCCAUUCUCACCUCCGUCCUCGGGCGCGUCUACGACGUCACCGGCGCGAAGGAAUCGUUUGGGCCGGGAGGGCCUUACGAGAUGUUUGCAGGCCACGAUGGCACCUACAAUUUGGCGGUCAUGACGCUCAAGAAGCACACGGUGGACAAGACCGACUAUACCCUAGAUGCCGAGGACAAAGAAUGCCUUGCGGAUUGGAUUGCCUACUUCGACAACCGUUACGGGCAGCCCCUGGGCGAGUUGCGUGACAGGCGCCAUCCCAUCAGCAUCAAGGAUCUGCCCCGAGCUACCAAGAUCCCCUUCGAGUCUGCCGAAGAGGAGGACGACAGCGCAAAGCCACCUGCGAGCAAGCUGUGA